UCUAGUAUUCGUGGUAUAUAUACUAUUAUCUUUGACUUUCCUAUACUAACAGUAUAAUUACUAUAAUACUGCCAGCGCCAGCCAGUGCAGUGCAGACUGCCUGCAUUAGUCCCGUGUGGUAGUGGUGGUGUGGUCCCGGUCUCGUUAUCAUUCUCCUCUUUCUCAUGCUAAGUCAUAAGUUAAGUCUUUAUUUACCAUUAAAUACUAUAUUGUAUUGUGAGAGGGGUGAACUCGUGGUUUAAGCACGUCAACCGAAGCUUAUUGUGCAUCCCACUUGCCACUAACUGGUUUGAAUCAUGAAUCAUUCAUCUUUGAAUGGAAGUAUUUCCAGUGGGCAAGUUGGUCACAAUCUAUCUGCUGUUCCCAGGCCUACGGGAACAAUCGACAAAGGUGCUGAGUUUUUCUCAAUUACUGCUCGUAACUGGUUGAUUCAUUUACGUUAUGUUCGUAAGGAGUUUGAUAUCUGCAAGCUAUUGAUUGAAGAAGAGUUGAAAAAAACCAGAGGUUACAACGAAUAUGCCAACUAUGUACUUGGGCUAAUUCUUCGUCAUGAAGGGAAAAUUCAAGAGUCUAUGGAAUAUUUCAAGAAAUGUCACACAUUGAAUCCAAAAAAUAUUGAAAACAUCAAACAAGUUGCUCGGUCUCUUUUCCUGCUCGGCCGUCAUGAGCUGGCCUUGGAAGCCUACCUGGAAGCGGAGCGUACAUCCGAUUCUCCAGAUUGGAACAUCUACCAUAACCUAGGUGAAUGUUUUCUGAUGCUGGCACAGCUGGGCAAAGCUCGGGAGUAUCUAACUAGAGCAGUACAGCUGGGAAAAAGUCAAGUGUCGUACCGCACACUCGCUCAACUCUACGAGCAAGAAGGAGAUAUUCAGGGGGCUAUUGACGUGUACAGCACUGCAUUAGAAUUUUUCCCAGGGAACAGUGACUUGGCUGUAGAACUAGGAUUGAUACACUUGCGUAACGGUGACUACCAGAGAUCAGUCAACUGGCUAGGAUAUGCACUGGCACAUGACAGUACUUGUACCUCUGCACUGCUUGCCACAGGUGCCAUCAUACAGAAACAUGAGGAUUUUGAUAUUGCUCUGGCCAAGUACAAGAUGGCUGCUCAACACCGCCCUGAGUCAGCUGCACUGUGGAACAACGUUGGAAUGUGUUUCUUUGGGAAGAAGAAGUACAUAGCUACAAUUAGCUGUCUCAAGAUGGCCAACUACUUGUCUCCGUUGGACUGGAAGACCCUAUACAACCUAGGGCUGGUGUACCUGACAUGUCGUCAGUACGCGUCUAGCUUUGUCUCUCUAUCUGCUUGUGUCAAACUGAGACAGAGGCAUGCUCCGUCGUUCAUGCUGCUGGCAUUAGUCCUUAUGCACCUAGAAGACCAGGACAAUGCAGGAAAGGCCUGGGAACAAGCUGUGAAACUUGACCCGGAGGACCCUGGGAUCAGAGCGAACUACGCUGCAUUCUGGGUCAGGCUCGGACUACACCAGCAGGCUCUAGAUCAACUCAAUGUAUUCAACAGACUGGCACAGCAAGUACCUAACAUAGAGCCUCAGAUCCUGGGACUGGUGAAGACUCUGACAGCUCAGGUGACCAAAGAUAUAGCCCCUCAUGCAGAGGACGGUGAUGCUCAGCACCAGGUGAACCAGGAGGAUAGUGACGGUGAUCAAGAGUGAAGAAACAUUGUUAACACCCUUUCAAUUGUAGUGAUUAUAUUAUUGUAUGACCUGAAGAUGGUUACCGAAACCGGAAACAGGAACUGAAGCACACAUUCCCAGCAACUAGACUACAAAUUACUAGAUGCAGAUGUUUAAACCGGGAACAAGACUCAGCUACAUGUCUAUAUCAUAUUUAAGUAUAAAUACAU